CAAGGUCUGGCUGACAACACUGUUAUUGCUAAAGUCAAUAAAGUUGUUUGGGACCUAGACCGCCCUUUGGAGGAAGAUUGUACCUUGGAGCUUCUCAAGUUUGAGGAUGAUGAAGCUCAAGCAGUGUAUUGGCACUCAAGUGCUCACAUAAUGGGUGAAGCCAUGGAAAGAAUUUACGGUGGAUGUUUAUGUUAUGGUCCACCAAUAGAAAAUGGAUUCUAUUAUGACAUGUACCUUGAAGAAGGGGGUGUGUCCAGCAAUGAUUUCUCUUCUUUGGAGGCUUUAUGUAAGAAAAUCAUUAAAGAAAAGCAAGCUUUUGAAAGAUUGGAAGUUAAGAAAGAAACUCUACUAGCAAUGUUUAAGUAUAACAAGUUCAAAUGCCGAAUAUUGAAUGAAAAAGUGAAUACUCCUACUACUACAGUCUAUAGGUGUGGCCCCUUGAUAGAUCUCUGCCGGGGUCCUCAUGUCAGACACACCGGCAAAAUUAAGACUUUAAAAAUACACAAAAAUUCCUCCACAUACUGGGAAGGCAAAGCAGAUAUGGAGACUCUCCAGAGAAUUUAUGGCAUUUCAUUCCCAGAUCCUAAAAUGUUAAAAGAGUGGGAGAAGUUCCAAGAGGAAGCUAAAAACCGAGAUCAUAGGAAAAUUGGGAGGGAUCAAGAAUUAUAUUUCUUUCACGAACUCAGUCCUGGAAGUUGCUUUUUCCUGCCGAAGGGAGCCUACAUUUAUAAUACACUUAUUGAAUUCAUUAGGAGUGAAUAUAGGAAGAGAGGAUUCCAGGAGGUAGUCACCCCAAACAUCUACAACAGCCGACUGUGGAUGACCUCAGGCCACUGGCAGCACUAUAGCGAGAACAUGUUUUCCUUUGAGGUGGAGAAAGAGCUCUUUGCUCUUAAGCCAAUGAACUGCCCAGGACACUGCCUUAUGUUUGAUCAUCGGCCAAGAUCCUGGCGAGAGUUGCCUCUGCGGAUAGCUGACUUCGGGGUACUUCAUAGGAAUGAGCUGUCAGGAGCACUCACAGGAUUAACCCGGGUACGAAGAUUCCAGCAAGAUGAUGCUCACAUAUUCUGUGCCAUGGAGCAGAUAGAGGAUGAAAUAAAAGGUUGCUUGGAUUUUCUACGUACAGUAUAUAGCGUAUUUGGAUUUUCUUUUAAAUUGAACCUUUCUACUCGCCCAGAAAAAUUCCUUGGAGAUAUUGAAGUAUGGAAUCAAGCUGAGAAACAACUUGAAAACAGUCUGAAUGAAUUUGGUGAAAAAUGGGAGUUAAAUCCUGGAGAUGGAGCUUUCUAUGGUCCAAAGAUUGACAUACAAAUUAAAGAUGCAAUUGGUCGGUACCACCAGUGUGCAACAAUCCAGCUGGAUUUUCAGUUGCCCAUCAGAUUUAAUCUUACUUUUGUAAGCCAUGAUGGUGAUGAUAAGAAAAGGCCAGUGAUUGUUCAUCGAGCCAUCUUGGGGUCAGUGGAAAGAAUGAUCGCUAUCCUCACCGAAAACUAUGGAGGCAAAUGGCCUUUCUGGCUGUCUCCUCGCCAGGUAAUGGUAGUUCCAGUGGGACCAACAUGUGACGAAUAUGCCCAAAAGGUACAACAACAAUUCCAUGAUGCUAGAUUCAUGGCAGACAUUGAUCUGGAUCCAGGCUGUACAUUGAAUAAGAAGAUCAGAAAUGCACAGUUAUCACAAUAUAACUUCAUCCUGGUUGUUGGUGAAAAAGAAAAAGCCAGUGGCACUGUUAAUAUCCGUACAAGAGACAAUAAGGUCCAUGGGGAACGUACUAUUUCUGAAAGCAUCGAGCGGCUGCAGCAGCUCAAGCAGUCCCGCAGCAAACAGGCUGAAGAAGAAUUUUAAUGGUGGACUUGGCACAAGUUGGCUCAGUGGGAAAGGCUGAGCAGUAUUUCUAUAACAUUACCUUUUUACUCUGGAAAACAUUAAAUUACUCUGAAUGUGGAGUAGUUUGGCAGAGUCUGCUUAGGUGACUGCAGGAUCAACCUUUUUUGACCUCGGCAGGUUUUAGGUAAUGUGUAUUUGAAGGAGUUAAUUAAAGAGAUCCAUUAAAAUGGUUUUAUUCACUAAAUAUCUGAGCACUGGAAAUAAAAUAUGAGGAAUGUUUUAGGGUAAUAUGGGAGGGCUUUUUUGUAAAUUUAAUGUGGUUGAAAAAUAAAAAUUUCCAGAUUUCAUUAAGGAAAACUAAAAUUGGAUUAUGGUGUAAAAAUAAAAAUGUUGAUUCACCUAA